AUGAAAUACUUGGUUUUUAUAUUUUUGGCCACGUCAGUGUCGGCUAGUUUCACCGGCGAUGUUUACCAGAUCCUGGCCAAGGAGGAUGCGGACAAAAACAUAAUUUCCUCACCUCUCUCCCUCGAAAUUGUUAUGGCCAUGAUGUAUAUGGGAGCCCAGGGGAAUACGGCUACGGAAAUAAAAACGGCUCUGCAGCUGCCUUUGAAAAGGAAAGAUGUGGCCAAGAAAUACAAGGCUUUCGUCACAAAUCUCCAUGCUCGUGAGCAGGUCGCAUUUCUUGAGCUGGCGAAUCGCAUUUAUGUCAACGAUCAGUGGAGUUUAGUUCCAGAGUUUAAUAAGAUUUUGGCUGACUCUUUCGAAGCCGAGGCAGUGCCCAUUAGUGUGCUUAAUCCCACAGCAGCGGCAGCGACUAUUAACUCUUGGGUUUAUACUCAUACGCGGAACAAAAUAUUUGAAGUUGUGAAUUCGGAUGAUACAAAUGCAGAUUUUGCAACGGUUCUUAUAAAUGCCAUUUAUUUCAAAGGCGAAUGGAAGUAUAAAUUUAACAAAGUUGAGAAGCACAUUUUCCGAACUUCUUCGAAUCAAAUACUUCAAGUUGACAUGAUGUCUCUAAAUAGGGUCCAUCUUAAGACCCAUAGGUUCGCCGACUUAGAUGCCAAGGUUAUUGAACUUCCAUAUCGAAACUCUAGCCUCUCCAUGCAAAUAUUCUUGCCAAACCGUAUUGAUGGUCUUAGUGAAUUGGAAAGCCAGAUCGGACGCUUUGACCGAGUUCUCCGUGAAAAAAAUGUGUUCGACGUAAAAAUUCCAAAAUUUAAAAUUGAGUUUAAAAAAGAACUUAAAGAGGUACUCAGAAAGUUUGGAAUUGAAUCUGUAUUUAGUUACGCUGCUAGCUUGGGUGACAUGGUUUCAGGGAAAACAAAAGUCACUAAAGUUUAUCAAGAAGCAUUUUUGGAAGUGGACGAGGAAGGUGCCGAAGCACCAGGAGUGAAAGCAAUGCUAAGGCGACAGGCAACGGGCUUUGACUGA